AUGGUGAGAUACGCUGCCACUCCAGCCAACAGCUCCAAGACUGCUAUGUCUCGCGGCUCCUACCUCCGUGUUCAUUUCAAGAACACACGUGAGGUUGCUGCUGCCAUCUCUGGCAUGAAGUUGAAGAAGGCCCUCACCUACCUCGAGGCCGUCAAGGAUCACAAGCAGGUCAUUCCUUUCCGCCGCUUCAACGGUGGUAUUGGUCGUACUGCUCAGGCCAAGCAUUUCGGUAUGACCAUGGGUCGCUGGCCCGUCAAGUCCGUUGAGUUUGUCACUGACUUGCUCAAGAACGCUGAGUCCAACGCUGAGGUCAAGGGUUUGGAUCAGGAUGCUCUUGUCGUUAAGCACAUUCAGGUCAACCAGGCUCCUCGCCAACGUCGCCGUACCUACCGUGCUCACGGUCGCAUCAACCCUUACAUGUCUUCCCCCUGCCAUAUUGAGAUCAUUGUUGCUGAGGAGAACGAGGCUGUUAAACGUGAAGUUGAGCCUAAGAAGUCCAAGCUUAACGCUCGUCAGCUCGCUGCCCGUGCUCGUCGUGCUUAA